AUGUCCUUCUCACACUUCGGACACCCAUACAGCGGCCCUUCUCAGUUUCUGGUGUCUGCAAGUUCCAGCACCACUUGCUGCGAAUCUGCCCCACGUUCAGUCUCAGAUGUGGCCUCAGGCUCCACCCCAGCGUCCACUCUUUGCUGUGCGCCCUAUGACAGUCGACUACUGGGCAGUGCACGGCCUGAGCUGGGAGCAGCCUUGGGCAUUUAUGGAGCCCCCUAUGCAGCUGCAGCAGCUGCCCAGAGCUACCCCGGCUACCUGCCUUAUGGUCCAGAGCCAACAGCUCUGUAUGGGACACUGAAUCCACAGUAUGAAUUUAAGGAAGCUGCAGGGAGUUUGACACCCAGCCUGGCACAACCAGGAGCCUAUUAUCCCUAUGAACCAACUCUGGGCCCAUACCAGUAUGACAGGUAUGGUGGGGUGGAAUUGAGCAAUGCAGGACGCAGGAAGAACGCCACCCGGGAGACCACCAGCACUCUCAAGGCCUGGCUCAAUGAGCACCGCAAGAACCCCUACCCCACCAAGGGCGAGAAGAUCAUGCUGGCCAUCAUCACCAAGAUGACCCUCACCCAGGUGUCCACCUGGUUCGCCAAUGCGCGCCGGCGCCUCAAGAAGGAGAACAAGAUGACGUGGGCACCCAAGAACAAAGUUGGGGAGGAGAGGAAGGUGGAGGAGUCACUGGACUGCCUAAACAGUGACACCAAAGAUGUGAGUGCUAAUCCGGAAGCCCAGGGGUCACUCAGACUGAGUGACCUGGAGGACCUGGAGGAAGAGGAAGAAGAGGAAGAAGCUGAAGAAGAAGAGGCAGUGGCCAUAGCUGCAGACAGGCUGGCGGAGUUCCAUAAGGGCGUGCAGUUGCUGCCUGCGCAGGGCACCACAGCCCGACAGGGCCAGCUGGAGAGAGGGGUGUGCAGCCUGGCAGCGCCCCGCUUCUCCUUAAAUGAGCCCACUGGGUCAGGAGAAGCUGACUUCAUCGCCACAGAGCCCGGGGGCCCCAGGAUGAUCGUGCACUACCCAUGCCGAGAGAAGCCUAGGAUUUGGUCUUUGGCGCACACUGCGGCAGCCUGUGCUGUGGAAAGCACUCCCUCAGCCCGGCCCAGGUCUCGCAGUCCUGAGUGCCAUCUGAUUUCCGGACAGCCUCCGGGCUCUGCCAGGCGAACUCUGGUCCCCAGAGACUCAGCUCGCGAAGAAGCUUGCAAAGUCUUUGGAAACUCAAUGUUCGCCCUGCAGGAGCUGCCGCCAAGCUGUACUCCAUGUCCCAGGCAGAGGGAGCCUUCAGUGCAGUGCCCAUACCAGUCAGGAGCAGAAGCAGGUUAGCGCAAUGGCUUCAUUUUGCAGAAGACUCUUGGAAACGGCCCCGUUUGGAACUCACCUCCACUAUAACAAGCUGCAAGACCUUGAUAGGGACCGGGAGUUCGCACUUCGCCUGAGAGACAGGCACACAGAAACCCUCCUUGCACACAGAGCUGGGUGUGGUGGGCAGACCUGUCCCUUAUCUCCUGCAGAGCAGGGGCCAAUGCAUCUGAGGAAGAGCAAGGCGGAAGCCUGGUCCCCUUGACCCGCACCAAGGACUCUAUCUAAUCUCCCUUCCUCUUCUGGAUAAAGGGCCUGACCUGCUUCCUCUGUUCUCCACCCCUGCCUUUUACCUGGCUCCCUUCACUUUGUAACUUCAUUGCUCACCAGGUCCCCAA